CUUGGAUAACCGGAACCUCAUCGACGUUCAACCACCAAACGACAACCCGGUCAUUUUCCCACGAACCCCUCCCGCACAGUCAACAUGUCCGACAACGGGGACGUCGAGGUCGCCGCCUUCCCUGUCCUGCCCAAGGAGGUUCUGGCCGAGCAGGGCAGCAUUAAGCUGUUCAACAAGUGGAGCUACGAUGAUGUCGAGAUCCGGGACAUUUCCCUGACCGACUACAUCCAGAUCCGCUCCCCCGUCUACCUCUCCCACUCUGCCGGUCGCUAUGCCGCCAAGCGUUUCCGCAAGGCUCAGUGCCCCAUCAUCGAGCGUCUCACCAACUCCCUGAUGAUGAACGGCCGCAACAACGGAAAGAAGCUCCUCGCUGUCCGCAUUGUCGCUCACGCUUUCGAGAUCGUCCACAUCAUGACCGACCAGAACCCUCUCCAGGUCGCCGUUGACGCUAUUGUCAACUGCGGUCCCCGUGAGGACUCCACCCGUAUCGGUUCCCAGGGUACCGUCCGUCGCCAGGCCGUCGAUGUGUCUCCCCUCCGUCGCGUGAACCAGUCUAUCUCUCUGCUCACCAUCGGUGCCCGCGAGGCCUCUUUCCGCAACAUCAAGAGCAUUGCUGAGUGCCUUGCUGAGGAGCUGAUCAACGCCGCCAAGGGUUCUUCCAACUCCUACGCUAUCAAGAAGAAGGAUGAGCUCGAGCGUGUUGCCAAGAGCAACCGGUAAAGGGGUUGUGUUGGAUUUGUUCUCCGUUUGGUCCUCUGUUUGCGCAUACUGGAGUGGACGGGGGUUUAACCGGGAUUCAGUGGAUUCGCAUGCAUCUGCAAGGCUGUACAUAAUGUGAUACAGUCAGGAGGAAGCACGAUCUUAAAAAGGGAACGCAUUCGGACGGCUUUCUUUGUAGUUGUGAUGUGAUCACGAA